AUGUCAAAUACAGUUAGAUUUUGCACAAGGAACGUGCAGUCACAACUGACAUCUUCCUUCACCUUGAGAGCUUUGAUGUCCCUGUGUCCACUUUCCUCCUCACAGACUCCCUACCACCACUCCACCAUGUGGCAUCUGGUCCUGCGGACACCGCAUCCCCAGUGGUCACCAAAGCACUUAAAGCUGGUCACCAUCUACGUGCUGGUGCUCUUGGUAUCCCUCAGCUUUGCUUCGAGACAGAGCAGACCUUUUAAACAUCAAAUAGACAACAGAAGCCCCGAGAUCGAUCCCUUUUGGUACAUGGGACGUGGCGUUCGACCCAUCGGUCGGUUUGGGAAGAGGCAGCUGAGAGGUGGCCGUGGAAGCUUAAGGCCUGUGAGCAGGUGCCUGGAUUUCAUCCUGAACGCCCUGUGGGAGCAGGAAGUGUUGGAUGCAGAGGACAGUGACUCGUGAUGGCUGUGUCCCGAGGCGGUGACCUAACCUCUGCUCUCCGAGUUGCCCCUGCCCUGCACCUCGGGGCUCUGCUUUUGCCUGGCAAUCCCAUGCUGCUCCUCUCUCUGCUCUGGCAAAUUCCUUCAAAAAGAAACACAUUGAGGUUUGUGGAGGUAAAAGGCAACGCGUUGACUCCAGCACUAAGUGUAACCAUAGCUUUAAAAAGUGUUUAUUCUCUCUUUAAUCACCACCAUUCCCUUCUCUGAGCUGUGAUGAUGCUGCACACUGUAACAUUACGCUUACCCAAAAUCCAAAGAGCUCCUGUGCUGGGAUUUAAACUCAGCAGUGUUAGUGUACCAUGAAAUCUUCCUGUCACAUUUUAGUCAAUGGCUCUUGGUAUGUAAAAAUAAAAA